GAUGGCAAUAAAAACAGCAACUAAAACACCCCCGAGGCAGCAUCUUUGCAUUCCGUUUCUUUGUUCGAUUUACCUGCUUCUCCGACCCGCUCACCCGAGGCAUGUGACAUGUGUUGCAGGUGGAUCGUGGCCGUGACACCAGCAUGAUGAUGUCUUGGGUGGGUGAGCGCUAGCGAUAUAGCUGGGCCGCAGCCUGCAACCAGCAGAUCACCAAGCUGGGUGGGUGGGUGACCGGUAGUAGUACCUGCCCGCCCAGGGACCUCGCCCUCACUUGUCAUAGCGUGCUGUCGCCCGGACCCUGACCUUGCCAAUCGCGGACCACCGCCCCACCCAGCUGGCGCCCGAAUCAAGGCCGCAACGACAACGCGCCUGAACUGUUGGUUUCGAUUCCCGAUUCCCGACACAGCAGUCGACACAGCAGCCGACACAACAGCCAGCACACCGAGCCCGGCCUCGACACCAGCCUGCCGCCAGCACACAAUGCCAGACCGGAGGGGCCGAGGGUACGGCACUCACAUCACGUACGCCGACGACCCCAUCCAGAAGAACCCCGAAGACGCAGGCCCCGCCGACAUGGAUGGCCAGAGGCCGCCGCCCACCAUAUCGCUGCCCCCGUCGCCGACGUCGGUUAGGCGCCCACGCCACCACGGGGGCAGCAUUCAGGGCAGCAGGCACGGAAGCCGUCGCGGCUCUUUCUCGGACCAGCCACCCGACGAGAGGACCUCGCUGCUGGGCGGCUCCCGCCCGCGCAUGCGCAUCCAGAGCACCCACGACGCGAACUGCAGGCCCGACCUGUCCCGCAACCCCAGCUUUGCCGGAAGCGUGCUGCACUCGCGCCACCACAGCCGCGGCGGCUCCCUCACCCAGCGCCUGAUGCACGCCCUCGCCGACAGGCAAGAGUCCUCGUCCGCCUCCAAAGGCUACGCCCUCCCCGAAGACCGCGUCUGGUACGACCAGUUCACCUCGACCGACUGGGUCCACGACAGCAUCGCCGAUGCCUACCGCGUCAAGGCCCUGCGCAGCCGCAAGGACUUUUGGGGGCGCGUUUACGUGCUCUUCGACGGCGCCCAGGGCUGGAUCCUCAGCGCCGUGGUCGGCUUUGUCGUUGCCGUUCUCGCCUACGUCGUCAACGUCACCGAGUCCACAAUAUUCGACUUUAAGGACGGUUACUGCGCCCGGGGCUGGCUCCUGAGCGAGAAGGCCUGCUGCCCCCACGGGGCCUGCACCGACUUUCGCAUGUGGGGUGAGGUCCUCGGCGGGAGCCUCCUGGGCGAAUUGGCCACCGACUACGUCGUUUACGUCGUCGCCGUCGUGCUCCUGGCCACCGUGUCCUGCCUCAUGACCCUGCGAACCAAGACGGUAGUGCCUUCGGCCUACCGCCUCACCACCCUGGACGAGAACUUGGCAGCCGAGAGAGCCCGCACCAUCGAGUUCGACGACCACAACACCGAAGGCAGCCCCAGUCCCGACUCGUCCCACAGCCCGAGCCAGCACCCGCCCGCCGGUGAGCCGGCCUCGGACCCUCCCAUGAUAUACUACUCGGCCGCCGGCAGCGGCGUGGCCGAGGUGCGCGUAAUCCUCAGCGGCUUCGUCCUGCACGGCUUUCUGGGCUUGAAGACCCUCCUAGUCAAGACUGUUGGCCUGAUCCUGAGUGUAGCCUCGGGCCUGAGCCUAGGAAAGGAGGGGCCCUACGUGCACAUCGCCACUUGCGUCGGCAACAUCGCUUGCCGCCUGUUUUCCAAGUACGACCAGAACGACGGCAAGCGCCGUGAGGUCCUCUCUGCCGCUGCCGCCGCUGGUGUGGCUGUCGCCUUCGGUGCGCCUCUGGGAGGUGUCCUCUUCGGGCUUGAGGAGGUGGCCUACUUCUUCCCGGCGAAGACUCUCUUCCGCACCUUUUUCUGCUGCAUUACGGCCGCCCUGACGCUCAAGUUUCUGAACCCGUACGGCACUCACAAGAUCGUCAUGUUCCAAGUUCAGUACAAGCUUGACUGGGAGUACUUUGAGCUCGGCUCCUUCAUCGCCGUCGGCGUACUGGGCGGCGCAGCUGGCGCCCUGUUCAUCAAGGCCUCGCGCAAGUGGGCCGAGACGUUCCGCCGCAUACCCGUCAUCCGCGCCCAUCCCCUUCUCGAGGUCGUCCUCGUGGCCACCAUCACCGGCAUGGUCGGCUACUGGAACGUGCUGACCAAGCUGCCCGUCGCGAAGCUGCUCUACAACCUCGCCGCUCCCUGCGACGCCAAGGACGACAAUCUCGACCAACUUGGGAUUUGCCCCACUAGUCGUGAAGAAAUUCCGGCCAUCGCUCUCAAGCUGUUUAGCGCUUUUCUCAUCAAGGGGAUCCUAACCAUUGUGACCUUUGGUAUCAAAGUUCCGGCCGGCAUCUACGUACCGUCCAUGGUUGUUGGAGGCCUUCUUGGGCGGCUGAUAGGACAUGCCGCACAGUACUUGGUCCUCAGCACCCCAAACUGGGCCGUUUGGGGCAGCUGUGCCCGCAUUGGCGAUGCCGGCUGCAUUCAGCCCGGCGUCUAUGGUCUCAUCGCGGCCGGGUCGACCAUGUGCGGUGUGACCCGGCUGUCGGUUACCCUGGCUGUCAUCCUGUUUGAGCUGACUGGUAGCCUCGACUACGUCUUGCCCUUCUCGCUGGCCAUCCUGGUUGCGAAGUGGACUGCGGACGCUAUAGAGCCGCUCAGCAUAUACGAUCUCUUGACCGAGAUGAACUCUUACCCGUUCCUAAACAACAAGCACAAACCCAUCUUCACGUCAGACCUUGGCGCCCUCGUGCCCCGAGUGCGGCGUGAGCGCAUUAUCGACAUCACCAACUCGCCGCUCGUGCGCGCUACCAGUCUCCGCAAGAAACUCGAGAUCCUACACCGCGCGGGCGAGAUCGAUGGCGGGCUGCCCAUCGUGCGCGACCAGGUCCUCGUCGGACUCAUCCCAGCGCCGGACCUCGAGUUUGCCCUGGACCAACUCGAGGACGAGGCGUCGAGCCUGUGCCUAAUGGCCGACAUUCCCAGCAUCGACGACUCGGACGACGGACUCACCGACCCGACCGAUUUCACGCGCUACAUCGAUCCGGCACCCGUGGCCCUCGAUAUCAAGUCACCCCUGGACCUGGUGUAUGAGUGUUUUGUCAAGCUGGGCCUGCGGUAUAUCUGCGUCCUCCGUGACGGCAAGUUCGUGGCUGUGGCGCACAAAAAAACAUUCGUCAAAUACAUGCGUGAUCUCGAGAACCAUGAGAACCAUGAUGCAUGAUUCGCCGCUUCUCUUUUUUCUCGUAUCUCCUUUUCCUGUUUUACCUUGCUUCGGCUAUAAAAGGGGUUUCUGUUGGUCUGUUUAUGGACGAGAAACGCUUGUAUGACCGGGGCGGGUGUGUUUGUAUAUGUUCUGCAUCGCACUAGCCUCAUCUUGCGCAUAUGCCAGCAUGUCUGUUGUGCAUUUGCGCCCUAUUUUCUUUUGCAAAUCUAUUCAUUGCAUUUGUUUCUGCGCCUUUUUGUGUUCCACCUUGGAUCCUAUAGCACUGCUGCGUGUGGUCUUGUGGUUUGGGUGGUCUGUCUGGGUGGGUUGGCAUAUUUUCGCUACCUUGGCUGGGGAUGAGGUUUUCCAUUUGCAUAAUCCCCACCGUCGACAGAUCGGGGCAGUCUAGUACUGCUAUGCCAUCUACUCGUUGGUUUGUCUUGCCCG